AUGGCUGUUAUCUCAAACGUUGAUCUCCUCGGCUACUACAUUCAGUAUGGCAUUCGUGCGGUGAGACUUUUUGCGAUUUUUUUCGAAAAUAAGAUAAGGAUCAAAUUGAAAAACACGUUUUUUGAUUACAGUUUGAUCAUAGCAUGCUGCUCAGUUUGGAACGGGACAAUUGCUCAUCCACAUGGAAUUGGUGGUCUCGACUGAAAAAUGAGACUACGACCGCUGGAGUGGGUAGUGCCACCGAAGAUUGUGAUAUUGUUCAAGGGGCUUUUGAGGUAGGAAAAUAAGUGUUUCAACAAUUCCAAAAAUAAAAUCUUAUAGGGCUUCAACCUUGUCAGAAUCAACCCGUCAAACUUCACACCGACCGGUGUCUUGUGUCAAUGCAGUGAGUGCAAAAACUGCAGAAAUUGAUGAUACUUCAAAAAUUUGCAGGUCAACAAGUAUCAUUUUUGCCUACUGUCGCACCGAACGCUGAUAGCUCUCCGGAAUUUCGAUCGACUGUUUCGCUAGCCAUCUUUUCACUUUUUCUGUUAUUAUAG